GCCGUGGCAUGCGGCGCACGGCACAGCCUGGCCCUCAAUGCGCUGGGUCAGUGCCUGGCCUGGGGCUGGAGCCUGCACGUCCAGUGCGGCAAGUCGGCGCCCAGCGUGCCAAUGCCCAGCGUGGUGCAGAGCCUGGGCCCCCUCACAUGCGUCGGCGUGGCUGGGGGCAUGGGCCACACCGUGGUGUGCACUGACCAGGGCGAUGUGUAUGCCUGGGGCCUGAACGGCGAUGGCCAGCUGGGGGACGGUAGCGACGUGUCGGCACUGGAGCCCAAGCUGGUGGAGGACGCAGCGCUGGCGAGCGAGAGCGUGACCAAGGUGGCGGCCGGCUCCCGCCACACCCUGCUGCUGUGCGCCAGCGGCAGCGCCUUUGCCUGCGGCUGGGGCGCGUUUGGCCAGCUGGGCAGCGGCACGUUUGCCAGCUCCCGCACCCCGCAGGCGGUGGCGGUGCCAGCUGGCACCAAGGUGACAGACAUUGCUGCCGGCUGGUGGCACAGCCUCAUCCUCACCGAG